UGUGUGUGUGUGUGUGUGUGUGUGUAAAAUCUGAUGUGUGAAGGCCAGCACACACAUGUCCUGCUGCGUCAGAACAGGAAGGGGCCUUACAGGCUGCCCAUCCAACCCCCUAAAUGAAGAAACCAAGGCUACAGUGAGGCCAGGAGCCGGGCGCUGACCUGAGCUGCUCCCGGGCCCCGCCCCAGUUCUCCUUGCAGUGCGCAGUCCAGCAGCUCUGCCAGGGCCCCUCCCAUCUCUUUCCCCAGGGUUCUGGCUUUCUAAGCACUGCUCACAUGGGGCAGGUGCUGCUGUCUUCAUUCUACAGGUGAGGAAACAGGUUCAAGGGUACAGUGACAGCGGUAGAGCCGGGACAGGAAUCCCGGACAGGAUUGAUCUGACCCCAUCCUCAAAGUUCUCAUCCUUCCCAACCUUCUUAGAAGGAGGAUCCAAUACUCUGCAGGCUUGCUGUCUGCCUGGCGGGGGUGAGUGUGGCUUGGGGCUGAAGAGACACACACCCGAGUGACGUAAGGGAUGUGGGGGAGGGGGUUUGCGGGAGGGGGUUUGCUUUCACAAGCCCUUCUCGUAUAAGAAAAGGACUGAAAUUCUAUGUUAGAACGUGCUGGUACAAAGAUGAAUAUAUGUUAGAGCAUUUUCUUUCAUCUAGAAGUUCCUUUUUUUUUUUCUUUCUGAUUUUAAAAGAAAUUUAAGCAUUUUUGUGGACCCCUAGCAGUAUCGUGGGCCCUGGGCACUGUGCCCACUGCCUCGUGGAGAAGUUGGCUGGGGAGGGCAGGGAGGCCUCCAUAGAGAGGCUGGACCCCAAUCCUGUUUGGUUCCACGGUGAGACUCGCUCCACUGCUCACAGGGCACAGGAGUUGGGUGGGCACCCGAGUGCCACCCUUAUGCUCGGCUCCCACCAUUACAGCACAGUGAGAGUCAGAAUCGGAGAAAAUGUUCGCAAAUCUUAUGCCUGAUAGGGGUCUCGUAUCCAAAAAAUAUCAAGAACUCUUACAACUCAACAAUAAAAAGACAGAUCCCCAAUUUUUUUUAAAUGGGCAAAGGACUUGAAUAGAUAUUUCUCUGAAAAAGAUACACAGAUGGCUGACAAGCACAUGGAAAAUGCUCAACGUCAUUAGGGAAAUGCAAAUCAAAACCACAAAGUGAUACCACUUCAUACCCAUUAGGGUGGUUAUUAUAAAAAAAAAAAACAGGGAAUAAAUAUUGGUGAGGAUGUGGAGAAACUGGAACCCUCAUCCACGGCCGGUGGGAAUGUAAAGUGUAGCCACUUUGGAAAACAGCUGGGCAGGGCCUCAGAAAGCAGUUACCGUAUGACUCCGCAAUUAAAACUACCAGGUGAAUAUCCAAGAACUGAAAACAUGUCCACGGUAACACUCACAAUAGCCAGAAAGCGGGAGCAACCCAAAUGUCCAUCAGCUGAUGCACGAUAAACAAAAUGUGAUGUGUCCAUGCAACGGAAUGCUGUUCAGCCAGAAAACAGAAUGCACUAUUAACACAUACAACAUGGAUGAGCCUUGAAAACAUUAUGCCAAGUGAAAGAGGCCAGACAGAAAAGGACGCACUGUGUGAUUCGCUUCAUAUGAAAUAUCCAGAAGAGGCACAUCCAGAGAGACAGAAAGUAACUUAGUGGUUGUCAGGGGGAGGGGGAGUUGGGAGUGACUGUUUUAAUGGGGUGGUGAAAAGGUUCUGGAAUCUGGUGAUUUAUGGCCAGUGAAAUUUAAGAGGAAGUCUACAGGGGCUUCUAGGAAAGCUUAUGUUUUUCUGAUAAAAGAGAGAGAUUGGAUAACACCUCCCUGCUCCUCCCUUCUUCCUACUUUGAUUGAGGAUAUGAUGGCUGGAGCCACAGCAGCCAUCUUGCUACAAUGAGAAAAAGGCCAAGAGAAUCUCAGAGACAUUGACCCUAUCGUCAUUUGACCAAGCCCAUGCCAGCAGCUGUCCUCCUCCAGGAUUCUUGUAAAUAAAAAUAAACCCCUCCUUGUUUAAGCAAAACAAAAACAAACCCCCCCCAAAAAAACCAAAGCCCCCAGAAAACAAAAACCACUGAACUGUACAUUUUAAAAUGACAUGGUAUGUGAAUUAUAUCUCAAUUUUUAAAACACAUAUAGGGAAUUCCCUAGCAGUCCAGUGGUUAGGACUCCACGCUUUCCCUGCCGAGGGCCUGGAUUCAGUCCCUGGUCAGUCAGGGAACUAAGAUCCCACAGGCCGUGUGGCACAGCCAAAAAAAAUUAAAAUUUAAAUACUUAAAAAAUAAAUACUUAAAAAUUUAAAAAUACAUAUAUAGUGAGAACCCGUGGGAGUAAUGUAAGUAGGGCAGGUGUCCCCAACCCCCAGGCCGAAGACUGGUACCCAUCUGUGGAAAAAUUGUCUUCCACGAAACCAGUCCCUGGUGCCAAAAAGGCUGGGGACCACUGAAGUAGGGGGCUUGCUAGCUGUCAAGGGCUCUACAAUCCUUUCUCUGAGUCCAUGUGAUUCCUUUGGACGAAGGAACUGGGGAGUGAGGGAGGAUGUGGCCUCGUGGAGGAAGGGCAGGGUGCAGAGAUGGCAGCAGGGCCAGGGGCGGUGAUGGGGCUGGCGUCAGACAGGUUGGGGCUGCCCACUUCCUUCCCUGGGUGGGGAUGGAAGGUCAGAGGGAGGCUCCUGGCACCUGGGGUGCAGGAAUCUCUGGCAUGUGGCCCUGAGCCCUUGUUUCCAGAGAUCAGCCUUCCUCCCCAGGGCUGGGAGGCUGGGUGGGACCCAAAUUCAGACAUGGGCCCCUGGGGUGACCUGGCCUGCAUCUUGGGGGUCCAAUGACCUCUCUCGCUCAGCUCCAGCGGCCCUGCUCCUGCCCUCCUAACUGGCCCUGGCCUGCCCCACACCGGAGCCCUGCCCAGCUCCCUCCCCGUGGUGGGCUGGGCUGGGAGGAGGAGUGAGGGUGAACUUACAGUUUCAGGUCUUUCAAGCCCUUGGCCAGGGGGCAGCCUGACUAACCAGCUCCUCCAGGCCCGCGGUGUUGGGGGAGGGGGUGAGGCCGAGCCCCAGGCUGUGGAUGCGUGGGUGCUCUGCAGGCCAUCAUGGGGCUCCCCUGGAAGCAGCUGCGCCCUUGUCUGCUGCUCCUUGUGGUGCUGGUGUGGCCCCAGCCCUGCAUGAGCCUGGGUGAGUGGAGGUCCCGGGAUGGGUGCCCCUGGCCAGAUCCAAGGGGCUGGGGCACCUGCCGGGACCCUGGGAGCCCGCCCCCUCCGAUUGGGAGAGGCAGCCCCAGGGGCAGUGGGCCCUGGGCCCUCACCCCUAUCUCCUCGGCCGCAGAGCUCAUCCCCUACACGCCGCGGAUAACAGCCUGGGACCUGGAAGGGAAGGUCACGGCCACCACGUUUUCCCUGGAGCAGCCGCGCUGUGUCCUGGAAGGGCACGCCAGUGCUGCCAGCACCGUCUGGCUGGUGGUGGCCUUCAGCAACGCCUCCAGGGACUUCCAGAGUCCCCGGACACUGGCUGAGAUCCCAGCCUCCCCGAGGCUGCCGACGGAUGGCCACUACAUGACGCUGCCCCUGACCCUGGAUCAGCUGCCCUGUGAGGACCCAGUGGGUGGCAGGGGGGGCGCCCCGGUGCUUAGGGUGGGCAAUGACGCCGGCUGCCUUGCUGACCUCCAGCAGCCACCCUACUGCAACGCCCCCCUCCCCGGCCCUGGACCUUACAGGGUGAAGUUCCUCCUGAUGGACUCCAAGGGCUCACCCCAGGCCCAGACGAGGUGGUCCGACCCCAUCACUCUCCGCCAAGGUGGGGCAGUGGGCAGGCACAUUGGUGGGAACAGCCCAGAAGGUGAGACCAAGGCAGAGGCUGGAGCGAUGGCUGGUGGUCCAGGCUGGCAGAACACAGAUGCCUAGCUGAGAGGGACAGAUGGAUGGGCUCAGGAGGCUGGCUGGGGAUGUAAGGCAGUCAGCCUUGGGUGGGAGCAUGGUGGGGAGGUGACCGCCCUGGGGUCCAGGGGCAGCCUCUGAGAGCCACUGUGUGUGCAGGGAAGUUCCCAGGCUCCAUUGACACGUGGCCAGGCCGGCGAAGUGGCGACAUGAUUGUCAUUACCUCCAUCCUCUCUUCUCUGGCCGGUCUCCUGCUCCUGGCCUUCCUGGCAGCCUCCAGCGUGCGCUUGUGAGUGCUGACAC